GGCGCCUCUCUUUGAAAACCAUAAAAACCUUAAACCCUAGUCCAUUCACAAACAAAAAAACUAUACUCUAUUUAUCUGGCACCCAAAACCGGAACCUGGCAAACCCAGGUACUCCUAAUGCCCAUUAAAUUCCUUCCACCUCUCCGUUUCCUUAACCCGUCUCUUCCCGUAACCCGUUUCCCUCUCAUGAAUGUCGGACUCUCCCUAAAUACCCCUCGGCCCAUCCCCAUUUUCGCUCGCGUCUUCCCUUUUAAACUCAAGUGCCUAGGGUUUGCUUCUCAAUUCUCCACCCGUUCAUUUCGACCUGGACCAACCCGGUCAAGACCCGAAUUCAGCCGCCUUACUGGUGGUGGAGUCGAGAGAGGAGAGUCUAGGCCUUCUAAGAGUUUAAUUGAAGACGAGGCCGAACUCAGUGACUGGGUUAGUGACUUGCGGACUAACUCGAUUCGUGGCCAAGUCACUAGCGAAGACGAGCCAGAUUCUGAUAUGGGUCGUCGUUCCAGAAGUAAGAGUGGUCGCGCUAGAGAGACAGAUAGCGGUGGCAAUAAAGGUGGCGGUGCAGGGGGUUUUUCGAUGAAGAGGAGAAGGGAGAGUAACUCGAAUGAGUUUAGUGAGCCAACUCGAAGGAGAACUGAGUCCAGGUUUGGUUCGCCGACAACGAAUCGAGGAACUGUGGGUUUACCAAAAGAGAGAAGAGGACGGAGAGAGAGGGAUUUAGGGGUUAAGAGAGAUGGUAAGGGAUUAAGAGGCAAGAGGGGUUUUAUUGAUGAUGAUGUGGUGGAUAGUGGUGAGGAUGAGAGAAAGGGGUUAAUGCAGAAUCUCGGGGGUUUAAUUACCGAGGAAGAAAGCGAUGGUGAUGAUGAUGGAGGUAAUGAUAAUGGGUUUUUUGAGAAAAAGGCACUGUCCUCUAUUGGUUUGGAGAAUGAUUUUGAGGUUAAAGAUAGGUCAAGUUUGUCUGCGAAUUCUGAUUCUUUUAUGAGUGAGACUAGAUUUGAUCAAUGUUCAAUUUCUCCAUUGUCAUUAAAAGGAACCAACCAUGCUGGAUAUGAGAAAAUGACAGUGGUCCAGGCGGCAACACUUCCUAUUAUACUCAAAGGUAAGGAUGUUCUGGCCAAGGCUAAGACGGGCACGGGAAAAACUGUAGCUUUUUUGCUUCCUUCUAUUGAAGUUGUUGUAAAAUCUCCUCCUCAUGAUCGUGAUCAAAAACGUCCCCCAAUUCUUGUACUUGUCGUAUGCCCAACAAGGGAGCUUGCAACUCAGGCUGCCACAGAAGCGAAGGUCCUGUUGAAGUAUCACCCUGCUAUUGGUGUUCAAGUUGUGAUAGGAGGGGUGAGAAUUGCUUUAGAGCAGAAAAGUAUGCAAGCAAACCUUUGCCAGAUCCUUGUUGCUACACCUGGAAGGCUCAAAGAUCAUAUUGAGAAUACUGCAGGAUUUGCAACGAGGCUGAUGGGUGUGAAAGUCCUUGUACUUGAUGAAGCUGAUCGUUUGCUAGACAUGGGAUUUCGUAAAGAUAUUGAGAAAAUAAUUGCAGCUAUUCCAAAACAAAGACAAACACUCAUGUUUUCUGCCACGGUUCCUGAAGAGGUUCGCCAAAUCUGUCACUCUGCUUUGAAAAGAGACCAUGAGUUCAUCAAUACAGUUCAAGAGGGAGCUGAGGACACACAUUCCAAGGUCAGACAGAUGCAUAUGGUUGCUCCAUUAGACAAACAGUUUCCCUUUUUGUAUGCCAUUUUGAAAGAUCAUAUGGCAGAUGACCCCGAUUAUAAGGUUAUUGUUUUUUGUACUACUGCUAGAGUGACUGGACUGGUUGCCAGACUUCUUGGUGAACUGAACUUGAAUAUCAGAGAGAUCCAUUCUAGAAAGGCUCAGACUUAUAGGACCAGGGUGUCUGAUGAGUUCCGCAAGUCGAAGGGCCUCAUACUUGUGACUUCUGAUGUAUCUGCACGUGGAGUUGAUUAUCCAGAUGUUACCCUUGUCAUACAGGUUGGGUUACCGGCUAGUAGAGAACAGUAUAUACAUCGACUUGGUAGAACCGGGCGUAAAGGUAAAGAAGGAGAAGGUAUUUUAUUACUGGCACCUUGGGAAGAAUUCUUUUUAUCUACUGUCAAGGAUCUGCCAAUAACAAAAGCUCCAGUGCCUUCAAUAGACCCAGACACAAAGAAAAAGAUGGAACGGGCACUGUCCCAGGUGGACAUGAAUUCCAAAGAAUCAGCAUACCAGGCCUGGCUAGGUUAUUACAAUUCACAAAAGAAAGUGGGCAAUGACAAGCACAGGCUUGUGGAGCUUGCUAAUGAGUUUAGCCGAAGCAUGGGACUUGAUACUCCUCCUGCUAUUCCCAAACUCGUCCUUGGCAAGAUGGGUCUCAGGAAUGUUCCUGGCUUACGCUCGAAGUAGAUCAGCUCCCUACUAGUGAACUGGAUGGUUUUGCAUGAGAUCAGGAUCGUUUGCCUGGAAAUAUCUCUGUAGGAAAACGUCAUUCGUUACAUUAAACCUCUCUUCUUUUUUCAAUCGCUAUCAUGCUAUAUAGAGCAUGAGAGUGUCAUCCUAACUGAGUAUGCCAAUGCUUACAUUGGAUGAGUGAGAGGUGGUAUAAUUGCUCCUGCUGGUUAAUAUGCGAUGAACAAGUGAUCAUUUUUAUUUUAAGAAAGUACGUUUCCUUUA